GUGGGUGAUGGAGGGAGUCCCGGGCGCAGAAGACGUGAGCUAGACAGUAGUGACCAUGGCAACGACAGCCGCCUCAGCCUCCUGGAGAGGCCGCUCUCCUUUCCGGCUCCCUUGCGGAGCUGAACCCCGCCAGACUACAGCAGGACUCGGGGCGCGCUGGGUCGUGGGGAGGCCAUGCCCAAGGGGAGGCGGGCCAACCCCAGCACCGCGCGGGAUGGCGCCUGGUUUGCACAGUCUGGAAAGCUGCAAAUAUUUCCUGAAUCUCUUACAGCCUCUAUGCAAAAACAGAUACUAAAUUUAGAAGCUACUAAUCAAAUCAACAAUAGAUUGCCACAGAUGUACAAAGUUCGGGAGAAGAAACCAGUAAACACAUUUCCAUUUUCAAUCCAUGAUAAUAGACAUUGUUUAUUGAAUGUCGGAGAGUACUUGGAUUCUGGACUAGGACUAAGGAAAUUUCAACGCGAGACAUGCCAACACCAUUCAGAAAGCUACCUUUUUUUGGCCCAUGAACCCAUUCCAAGCAGUACUGACAAGCAUACCAUUUAUCAGACUUCAUUUGUCGAGUAUCCAAAUACCAAGCGGUCCAUUCUGGGGCGAUUUCCCAAAAGCCAUGCAGAUAGGUCCUUUGCUUUAAAUUCUUCAGCUGCAAACGAUUAUCUGUGGUUUUCAAAAGGCCAUGCCAGUCCUAAUAUUUCAGCUCCUGUCAGGCCUGAGAGAAGCUCUCUCUCUGAGCCUCAGCAACUUUUACCUGCUGAACAUUCAACAGAAUAAAUUUUCCAUGUGAAGACGCUACUAAACCACAUUCCAGUGUGGAUUUACAAUAGGCUUUUAAAGAUUAGCAAACACCACCUUUAUCAUUCUACUUUGCCACCCCCUGGAUCUGAAAUUAUUUUAAGAAGCUAAGUGGCAUUAAAGCAACAGGAAUUGGAUGAGUGGUUGCAUUUAUACAGCUGGGUAUUGUUGUUUUUUAAAAAAGGAUCAGUGAAUUUGGAAAAGGGAAACACAUUUUAUGUUUGCCUUGAAUAUCAAAUAACUUUAGUUUUCGCUCUAAAACAUCAAGAUUUUUCACUGUGUCUCUGGAGGCUUGAGCUAUCUCUACCUCCAUCUGGCAAUCGGUUUAACAACCUGUGUGAAUACAUGGGAUGUUGCCCAUGCCUCUGUCAUGUCCCUGCCAGGAUGAGAUGUGUUGGUAAAGAUAGCACCUGAUCAAUCAUCUUUAAAGCUGUUUAGAGCUUUGAGGAAAGUGAGAGGCAUAUCAGUGUAACUCUUGCUAUACUGCUUCCCCAUUUGCUUACAUGCGAAGUUGUAAAGGAUACUUUGCGUAGUUGGGAGUUUUCAGAUGUUUUAACUGAGGAGUCCUGCGAAUGAAAUGUAUAUUUUUCUCUAUUCAGGAUGACAGCUCAUCCUAAGAUUGGCCUGAUGCCACUUAUUUUGUGGCAAUAUUAUUUAUUCUGGAACACAAGAGCUCUCUCUACAUGGAUGCCAUACUGCAAAACAUCAUGGCACUGUAACAGUUUGUAAUAUAUGUACCACAUCUCCAUGGUGUCAUUUAUUUUUUGAAAAUAUUGGCCUGGCAGUUUCACAUUAGCUGGUUCUGCAGCAUAGCUGCCAACACCUACUGGGUGUUACUCACCCUCAAGGUUCCAUAAAUGAUUUGUGGGUUGUAUAUUACUAUAUGAAAAUCGUUGCUGUGCAUGCAAGCAUCCUGGUCACACUCAAAGGACAACAAUUUUCUAAUACAUACAAGGUUAAGGAUUUCACACCUUUAGCCAAAAACCCUACCAUGGCAUGCAACAGAAGCCAUAAAAUGUCAAAAUAGUAAGCAGGUACAAGCAUGAUGAUUCCAUUAUGUUGGCAUCACAUGCAUAUCUCUUUAUAAUCUAAAUGCCAGUUGAUACAUUUUGCCCUUACUUUUUUUUGUAAAGGUGGAUCACAAUAUACUGAAAACAGUACAACAUUAGCUUCUUCCCAAUCCAUAUAAAAAUUCCCUCCAUCAAUACACAGUGGAAAUGUCAUGUCAAGAUAAGUUAUUGUGGAAGUUUUCCGAAAUAAUUUAGUACAUUUCCUCAGUAGCUACUGAAAUAAUGAUGAUGAUGAUUUUAUUUGUAAAGGGGCCCCCUAUCGAGAUGCUUGGGGUGCUGUUGCACAACAUUUUGAAACAAAAAACAAUUAAUGACAUCAUUAAAACAGUGGCAAAGCCAAGAGCGCGGCAUCAUUAAAAGAAAGUGAUUUCUCGUUUCAAGGCAGAUAAAAGCAGCCUGUCUAUUGCAGAAUCAAAAUUUCCACAGCAUUAGCCAACAAUUUCAUCCCCAAGCAGAUUCCAAAGUAAAGUGCACGCCAAUCACAUAAUAUGUGAAGUACCCCAUGCUGUUUGGCACACUCAGGAGGGCAAUCUUGGUCCUCCUACAGAAGGAAGAAAUGCAUUCUUGCUACAUUUGUAAUGUUUAUCUGGGGUUUAGAGUUACAAGUGAAUAAAGCAAAAUUCAUGUUUUGCAACAGCAAGAAAAGAGUCUAGCUUUGUUAACUCUAUCUACUUCUCCAUAAUCUAGAUUUCUUAAACAUUUUCCAAUUCUAAUAUAUUUAAAGAGUAAUUGUGGGUUCCUGUUUAUCAUAUAAAUGUAUACAUAAUGGUAAACCCCUUUGUACAUUUAGUAAACUGAGUUUUGGUCUUGUGGGAUCCAGCAAGUUCAGCAUGUUGAACUUACCAAGGAGUAGCAGGAGAACCACCUAUAUUAGCAUGGUGGGAAAUGAAACACCCAUGUUAAUUUCUAAAAGGAGAGCUUAUUGAGUUGGCAUUGCACCAUCAUUGCUGUUAUAAUUAAUCAUACUAAUAAUACUGAGUUGAUAUACAAUGAUCCCCAAGCAUUUUUCUAAGGGAACUCACCAGUGGAAUUAGGCUACUGCUCAUGACUUACCUGUUGCCCCUCUUGACUCGAGAUGUGGCAUGCAGAGGUAACUAUUUGAAAUCAAACUCUAUGUCCAUCACUUUUUCAACCAACACAAAAUAUUUCUGCACCCUGAUGAUGAGGUUGCCCCAUAAUUUGUUUAACAAUAUGACCAUUCCAAUAAUCUGAGUUUGUUUGCAUAUGGAAGCAGAGGGAAUGAUUUAGUCAUAGUUCUGAAAAAGUGGUGUGGGAAAUGGAGUUGGGUUCCAGUUUCACAGUCUUCAAGCUGAAAUUGUUUAGAACUCGGUCUGUAAAGAAAAAUGGCAGAAGAGACUUCUCUCUGUUUACUACAUGGGCUAAGCAACCCUAUGCACACAUAUUCGGGAGUAAAUCCACAAACACAGUGGGACUUCUAAGUGUAGAUAUGCAUUAGAUUGUACUGUAAUUCUAGGUUUAUUUACCUUUGUUUUAAUUUGAGCCAGGGCAACAUGGGUUCUGUUCUCAGUGCUAUAGCUCACCUCUAAAAAGGAAAAUGGUUCUAAGCAUGUGCGGAGCCCCUUUUCCUCAUGUUGAGUCAUAAUAAACUCUCACAUAUCUGGAAUUAGGGGAAAGGCUUGGAAGCCAAAUGGUGUAACUUCUAGGCUAGUUUAAAUUGGUUUUUUAUUUUAAAAAAUAAGAAUCUUAAGCCACCAGAGUUUAUUCUCUAGAUUCUUGAAUAUCUCACGUAUGUAAUUUAUGUUAAAUAUGUGUACCAUGUCAUCAGCACAAGGUCUGUAUAUAAUGUGCUUGCAAAAAAGCUUUUUCUGAUGAAAACGUCCAGCCUAUUUUCUUAAAGUGCUUUACUAUGGGAAUAAUGUGCUGAUCUAUUAUAAAAACGCAAUAACUUCUGAAGCAGUUUUAUUUUGCCAUUUCCUCCCCUGUAGAUUUUUUGCAAUAUAUUUCUAGAAAUACUUUAUGCACUCUAACACAAAACAAUAUCUACAGCAGUAAUAAUAAAUUACAUGCGGUGGGAAUUCAAGCUUGUUCUCGUGUCCAAGGUGAUAUAGUGGAAAUCAUUCAUAAUGAAGAAGAAAGUAAUUGUUAUGCAGCAUUUUUGUAUUAAGCAUAGCCCCCAAAUUAUCCUGAGUAUACAGCACAAUGUUCUUGGGGCUUUGAUACAACUAAAGUCUAAUAAAAUGCAUGUGUAUAUCCCCUUA